AUGCAAAGCAGAGACGAAACCAACAACGCAGACACCAAAGAGAUUUCCAUGUCACCUCUGCCACCAUACCAGCGUCCUGAGAUGUGGGACAUCACCGAGGACGAUUUCUGGCGCAGGAAUGCCGUCCAACGCCAGGAGCAGUAUGCCCGGGCCUCCCAGCGUUGGAACCACGGCAGGCAAUCUACUACGGAGCACAUCUGGAGCCUGAAAGUUGAACUCCGUCAACUGAGAGAGAAAGAAGACAAGCUCAGCCGAGAGCUAAUGGCCGUCCUCAGCCAGGCGGCUCUUGCCAACGAAACAUUCAACCACGAAUCGCAACGCUUAAGCAAUAUGGACGUCCAACAUGACAUGGAACAGUGGGUUCCGUCUGAGCUUAUUGGCAAAGGACCCCCGGAGAGACAAGUGAAGCUUCCACCAUUGUCCAAAUUGGGUCUUCUCCGACAACAACCAAAUGAUGACGAUAGAGUCGUUGCCAUCAUCGACGCUGGCGGUACUGAAUUAGAUAAGCUCCCAGACCCUGGAGUGCCGAACGAACGCACAACAACCAUAUUCGCCCAAACCAUGCUCCCACCGAUCGAGCUAGGCGACCCCAGACGCUUUCACGCAGCCAUGAAGCCAAGCAUCUACAACAUCACAGAUGGCAAAGGCACCGAUUGGAUAUCUUCCAUGAUACAAGUCACCGAUACUCUCCAAAAGAAAAAGUGUCAGGGCUGCAUUGCUGUUGGUGGUGAUUUAUAUUCCGAAUGCGGCAACUGUGAGUGGAAUGAUACCAGGUGCCAGGGAUUCGAGCCCUUAUACCCUACCAAUAUAUCUGCCAGCAGAUCAUGCUCUCUCGCACCUCUGCGCACAAGAUCCCGCUCUUUGACGCCCCCCAAGCUCUCUGGGCUUAAAUUAGGGUCUCCUACCACUGCAAACCUUACUGAGAUAAAAGCCUUGACGGCGCCCGCCAGAGAGACGUCCGCCAAAGAAUAUGCGGCACACUGCAACCCAUUUGGGUUAUCUGUGUCAGGAUUCAAGGCUGUGAAUCAGGCUUCAAUGUGCAAGCCAGGCGCUCCAGUACCUAGCGCUGUUCCUUCUCUGACGGCUUCCGAUGCGAUCAGCUACCGAAGGGGCUCUAAAGCCUCACUUUCCAGCUGUCCGACUUCACGAGAGUCCCUGAUCUUUCGGCCGGUGGAAUAUGUCACACCAAGUUCGUGCGACGAUAUAACGAAAGAAAGUCUUGACCUACGCCAUGACGGCAAAGUCUAUACCUACCCUGCGUGUAUAGAGGGAGUGCCGGUGGAAAAGAUUACCUCUGAUCAUCCAUAUUGGGAGCCUAAGUGGCCCAAUCUACGGCUUUUGGUCGAACCCAUCCUACGUUCAUGGGAGGAAAAGUACCAGGCGGCUGAGGAAGCCAGUAGACGGGGCGAGGCCGUUGGUAGUGUCAAGUACCAGUAUGGUCGCCAAGUCAAUCGGGGAAACCUAAUUCUGAAGUUUUUGGAACAAGGGACUAUUAGCCCGUAUCAGCUCCUCAGAAAGCGGUACAUGGCCGUCGGCAAAGGUAGCAUCACUUCCUACGACACGCUGUUCCGGCUCUGUGAGACAAUUGAGUCACUUGCCAAGUACAAGACAGACGUCGACCCGGUCGAUUGGCUGCGUCAGCGUCUACAUGAGUUGAUCGAAGCUCAGGGUACCGGCUUCAACUUUUCAAAGACUAUUCACGACUUUUACAAUGAUCUCAAGCUGCAAGCACUGCGUCAGAAGUCGGGCUUCAAGAGCAUCGGGAGACCCUACGGUAUCAAGAUGCCGCGGCAAAGAGCUGGAAGUGCGAAUGAAGCCCCCUCGGCUCAUCGCUCGCGUAAGCGCAAGAGCCCUCAUUCAUACGACGCACCGAGCGCACCAGCCGACUCGAUUGGUGAGCCGCGGACGGUUGACACUGAUGCCGAUAGAGGUCCUGAUCAAAAAAAGCAAAAGGCGGCCGCUAGAGUCUUGGAUAGCCUGGAGACGGGCGAGGUGUCGGACGUCGACUCAUGGAGCGGCGCCCCGAUUGCCGAGUACGACUUUGGCAUCUAUCAGAUCAAAACGCGGCUGUUUAUCAGCUCAGGAAAUGUGACGCAGUACUGGGUAUGGGUGCCAGAGAACAGCAUGUUUGAGCACCAAGUCCUAGUGGAGACGAACCCGGUAGUUUGGGGCGUGCACCGGGAACCGAUUGACUUUAGCCUGCGGCUCAAGGAUGUGGUCAAAGUUUCGUGGAACCUUAAAGCACUGCGGGUCUAUGUAGUGAUGAGCGACAGACAAACUUGCUCCAAGAAAGACAAGCCCCGGGGCGACAUUAUGGUUGCGUUUAAGAGGGAGAAUACGUUGCGGAGGUUCGUCACGCUUUGCCGGCGGGAGGAGAUUGAACUUGUGGAAGAGACUUGGAAGAAGAUGGAGCAUCUAUGGCGGACGAUGCAGUCGGAGCGUCUGCUGGCGGGUGAAGAAACGAGAGCACGAGGCUGCAGGGACGUCUUUCCCAGCCACAGCGGCAGCGCAGUUAGCAAGACAGAAUUCUGGUCGUACACCUAG